AUGCCUCCACGGAAGCCCAGCAAGUAUGGAAACAAGUUCAGAUCUAGUGCUGCAUCCUCGAAUCCUCGACGCUCAAAAACGGUCCAAUUCAACUCCUUACGCUCGACCGAGGCAACCUCCCAAGAUGAGAAAUUCGAGGCCAUUCGGUUGGCCAACAGCAUCGAUGAGACUCUCGGCUUCCCUCGAUUCGAGUCUGGCGAGACAAGAGCCGGCUGGUUGGUCAACAUGCACAGCACAUCGAUUGAGGAUUCAGAAGUGCCUGGAGGUCGUGCCGGUGUGGAUUAUUAUUUUCUGCAGGACGACGGAGGAAGUUUCAAAGCUACCGUGGAAUAUGAUCCUUAUUUCUUGAUCGCAGUCAAGAAAGGCUACGAGAUGGAGGUAGAAGAAUGGUGUCGCCGAACCUUUGACGGCAUGGUCAAAAAAUUCAAGCGACUUGAGAAAGAAGAUCUCAACCUCCCAAAUCACCUUCUCGGCUACCGAAAGACCUACAUGAAGCUCAGCUUCGCCAACGUGAGCAACCUUUUAGAGGUUAGGAGGACCAUUCUUCCUCUUGCAGAGAAGAACAAGAAAAAUGAGAGUGCGAUGGACGCAUACGUUGAAAUGACCAGUGCGACUGCUGGCAUCGACCUUUUUGACGACGAAAUAAUUAAUGAGCAACGACCUAAUGGCAACCUACAAGCGAGUGAUUUUAUUGUUGAUAUUCGAGAAUACGACGUGCCAUACCAUGUCCGGGUCUGCAUUGACAAAGAUAUUCGGAUUGGAAAGUGGUACAAUGUGGAAGCAGAUCAUGGCGUGAUAUCGCUGACCUGCCUGGAAGAUCGGCUUCAACGUGCCGAUCCUGUCGUUCUCGCUUUUGAUAUCGAGUGUACCAAGUUACCACUGAAAUUUCCCGACGCCACAAUGGACCAGAUUAUGAUGAUUUCAUACAUGAUUGAUGGGCAAGGGUUCUUAAUUACCAACAGAGAGAUUGUGUCUGAGGACAUUCAUGACUUCGAAUAUACUCCCAAACCAGAGUACAAUGGACCUUUCAUCAUCUUCAAUGAACCCAAUGAAAAAGGAGUUCUUGAACGAUUUUUCGAGCAUAUCAAAAUUUCCAAGCCUACCGUUAUCGCGACAUACAACGGUGACUUCUUCGAUUGGCCAUUUGUGGAGACAAGAGCCAGUAUUCUGGGACUUGACAUGUAUAUGGAGAUCGGCUUCCGGAAAAACAGCGAGGACAUCUACCAAGCUGACAACUGUGUGCAUAUGGACUGUUUCGCCUGGGUCAACCGUGACAGUUACCUCCCUCAGGGAAGUCGUGGUUUGAAAGCCGUGACUGUCGCAAAGCUUGGUUACGACCCGGAUGAACUCGACCCAGAGCUUAUGACACCGUAUGCGAGUGAAAGGCCACAGACCCUAGCUGAGUACUCGGUUUCCGAUGCUGUCGCAACCUAUUAUCUAUACAUGAAAUAUGUCCACCCAUUCAUCUUCUCGCUCUGCACGAUCAUUCCCCUUAGCGCCGACGAAACGUUGCGGAAGGGAACUGGAACUUUGUGUGAGAUGCUUCUCAUGGUUCAAGCCUACCAGCAUGAGAUUGUCUUGCCCAACAAACACAAGAAUCCCCCAGAAGCUUUUUAUGAAGGUCAUCUCCUUGAGUCAGAGACCUACGUCGGCGGCCAUGUCGAAAGUAUUGAAGCUGGUGUCUUCCGAAGUGAUAUCCCUACACAUUUUACCGUUGAUCCUACUGCGAUUGAUGAGCUUCUCGAGGAUCUCGAUCACGCCCUCAAAUUCAGUAUCGAGGUUGAAGAGAAAAAAAGCAUGGACGAUGUUGUGAACUAUGAUGAGGUCAGGGCGCAAAUCGUGGAGCGUUUGCUCGAUCUCAAGAAAAAUCCAGUCCGGAACGAAGUGCCUUUCAUUUACCAUUUAGACGUCGCCUCCAUGUAUCCCAACAUCAUGAUCACCAACCGAUUGCAACCAGACUCGUUGAUUGAUGAGUCGAAUUGUGCCGCCUGCGACUUCAACCGACCCGGAAAAACCUGCGAUAGACGCAUGCCUUGGGCAUGGCGAGGUGAAUUCUUGCCUGCCAAACGUGAUGAAUAUAACAUGAUCCGACGUGCCACAGCAAAUGAACGUUUCCCAGGCCGGUACCCGAACUCCCCAAUGAGGUCCUUCGGUGAAUUGAGCAUCGAAGAGCAGGCUGGAGUGGUCAAGAAACGGCUGCAGGAUUACAGCAAGAAGAUUUACCACAAGAUUCACGAUAGCAAGACAAUGGAGCGAGAGGCCAUCAUUUGCCAAAGAGAAAAUCCAUUCUAUGUCGAUACUGUCAGAGAUUUCCGUGACCGACGAUAUGAUUUCAAGGGCAAGCAAAAAUCCUGGAAAAACAAAGCCGAUAGUUUGCAGUCGUCGGGCGGCUCAGCCGCUGAGAUCGAGCAAGCGAAGAAGAUGAUCAUUCUGUACGAUUCUCUUCAGCUUGCGCACAAGGUCAUUCUCAAUAGUUUCUACGGAUAUGUGAUGCGAAAGGGCUCUCGGUGGUAUUCCAUGGAAAUGGCUGGUGUCACUUGUCUGACAGGCGCUCACAUCAUUCAGAUGGCAAGAGAGCUUGUCGAACGCAUCGGUCGUCCCCUGGAAUUGGAUACUGAUGGUAUUUGGUGUAUGCUUCCGGGAGGGUUCCCAGAUAACUUCUCCUUCACUCUGAAGAACGGGAAGAAAUUGGGUAUCUCAUACCCUUGUGUCAUGCUCAACCACCUCGUCCAUGCAAGAUACACCAAUCACCAGUACCAGGCACUUGUCGACCCGAAAUCUUUCAAGUACGAGACUCACAGUGAAAAUUCAAUCUUCUUCGAAGUGGAUGGACCGUACCGGGCAAUGAUUUUACCAACAUCGAAGGAGGAAGACAAGAACCUGAAGAAACGAUAUGCAGUCUUCAAUCACGAUGGUUCUUUAGCUGAACUCAAGGGAUUCGAAGUUAAACGAAGAGGAGAGCUAAAGUUGAUUAAGAUCUUCCAGACCCAGCUCUUCAAAUUCUUCCUAGAGGGCUCUAAUCUUGCCGAGACCUACGCCGCUGUGGCUCGAGUUGCGGACCGGUGGUUAGAUGUUUUAUACGAACACGGAACGACAUUGGCCGAUGAAGAGUUGAUCGAUCUCAUUUCGGAAAACCGAAGCAUGUCCAAGACCUUGGAAGAGUACGGUUCCCAAAAGUCCACAUCCAUCACGACGGCAAAACGCCUGGCAGAGUUCUUGGGUGAACAGAUGGUAAAGGACAAAGGUCUCAACUGCAAAUACAUCAUCUCAUCACGCCCACGGAAUACACCUGUCACUGAAAGAGCCAUUCCUGUCGCUAUAUUUUCAGCUGAAGAGAACAUCAAGCGAUUCUUCUUGCGAAAAUGGCUAAAAGAAGACCCCGGCGAUAUGGAUCCUCGAACGGUUAUCGAUUGGGACUAUUACCUAGAGCGUUUGGGAUCCGUGAUCCAGAAGUUGAUUACCAUUCCGGCUGCGCUUCAGAAGCUUCGAAAUCCAGUGCCCCGGGUUGCCCACCCUGAUUGGUUGCAACGUCGGAUCAACACGAAGGAUGACAGGUUCAAGCAAAAGAAGAUGACUGAUCUAUUCAGCAAGUCCGAGAAGACGCCACUUUCGUCGACGAAUGCAAAUAUACUUGACCAUCGCGUUCAGUAUGCUGGCGAUCUAGAUGAAGCAAUCGCGAGCUCGACUCAAAAAUCCAAAACGCCCACCAAGGUCGCCCAGAAGAGAAAGCACCCAGAAAAUGCUUCAAAUGCAGCUCUUGACCCCUUCGCUAGCCUGCCAGCAGUUAUGCCAUCGAUGUCUGAAAACUACGAAGGAUUUCUCAAGUAUCAGAAGCAAAAAUGGAAGAUCCAAAAACAAGCACGGGUUCGCCGUCGUCAGCUGUUUGGCGAACGAAGCAACGUUGCUUCAGACUCUUUGAGUAAUUUCUUCCGCAAUCAAGCCCAAAUGCUGUACAUCAGCACAUGGCAGGUUCUGCAGCUUUGCGAGACGGGCGUUCCGGGAGUUGUGCGAGCUUUUGUGUUGAUUGACCAAAAGAUCCAUGCCCUCAGUGUCAGAGUUCCACGGCAAUUUUUCUUGAACUUGAAACGGGACUCUUUGCCGGACAUUGAAGUUCCAGACUGCGAAGUCGAGAAGGUCAACCAUACCCUACCGAACGGGCAUCCCUCUGUUUACUUGUUCAAGCUGUCUUUGUCAGAAGAGAAUUAUCUAGCAGAAGCCGACAAGAUGGAUAUUCUCUUCCAGCACCCUAGCGUUGAGGGUGUUUACGAGGGAGACAUCCCGCUAAGCACUCGAGCAGUGCUCAAGUUAGGAAGCCAUUGUACCUUCGAUGAAGAGCAACGCGGUGUCCUAGGUGACGGCUUGGACAAGGGCUUCGACCUUUCGACAUUACUUCACACAUCUUCCGAGCAGCCCUAUCUGAUGGACUCGUCAUUAGUGUUCCACUACCUGUAUCACAUUGUCUCUGGGGAUAGACAAGUCUUCGCGAUAUUCUCGACCGCCAAGAAUGAGGCGCAUAUUAUCGUUCUCAACCGCACGAGGGAUGUCCAGGGUCUUCCCAACGUUGAUAAAAUCUACACCGAGCUUCUCACACGUAAGAUACAGGCUGCAUCAGGCGAUGAAUCGCAGCAUGCGUUCGACUACCAGGACAAUAUUCAUUUCAAAACUACACAGGUGAUGACGCGCAGGAAGGCUCACCUUGAGGUCGGUGAUCUGAUCAGAAAAAUUCGAAAUGAUGAGAGUCAGCCUGCCGUUCUUGUCAUUCAAUCCCAACAAAAAGACCGCCUGUGUCACGACAUUCCGAUCCUGAAGGAGUAUCCAGUAUUAUCUGUGAAGCCCGAAGCUUCGGAUAUGGAACUUCCCCCACUUGGCUGGCAGGCAUUCGUUGCAAGACGUCUAGUCACGCGCUAUUUAUACUUGUCUUCUUGGAUCCAGCACUUGACCAUGCUCGCUCGGUUCGGCGAUGUUCCGCUUUGCAACCUGGAAAGUGAGGAUCCUCGAUACCUCAUCGAUAUCUCGUACGCCAGACGGCUACAACAAAAAAAUGUGGUGCUCUGGUGGUCAUCAGGCCCGCGUCCUGAUCACGCGGGCUAUGAAAGGGAUGACAUCCUAGGUGCCUUGGAUAAGGUCAAUAUGCCAUCUGUCAAUGUACCAGGUGCUUACUCCACAGUGUGCAUUGAACUCGAGGUUCGCAAUUUGUCGAUCAAUACGAUUCUGACAUCCUCUAUCAUCAACGAAAUGGACGGCAGUGAUACGCUACUUGCUCCUUCUGGAGACGGUGAAGAUACUGGUGUUUUCUAUUCAGAGAAAGCAUUUGCCUCUGCCGGCGUUGUCGUUCUUCGAGAGAUGGUCAAACAUUGGUGGACAGAGGCCUGUGCAGGCAACAGCAUGGCCGAUAUUAUGGUUCAGCAUCUGAUUCGAUGGGUGGAAAGCCCUGUGUCCUGUCUCUAUGACAGGUCUCUACACAAUUACGUGCGAUUACUGUCACGGAGGUCAUUCCAGAGAUUGAUGGCAGAGUUCAGACGUGUUGGCUCUCAUGUCAUCUUUGCUAGCCCUACACGCCUCCUUCUCCAAACGACCAAGACCGAGGUUGGCAACGCCUACGCCUACAGCCAGUAUGUCCUCAAGUCAAUCCGCGCUAACCCUUCAUUCCACUUUAUCGAUCUAGAGAUCAAGGAGUACUGGGACUAUCUCGUUUGGUAUGAUGAAUACAACUACGGAGGCAAGGGCUGUCGAGAGGUCACUGAGGCCGACGAACAGGACCUCGAGACAGCGAUGCACUGGCAGCUUAGCCGGUUCCUGCCAAUGCCCAUGCAGACUAUCUUCCAUGACUGGAUUGUCGAGUACAUCGAGCUGAUGCACGGCCUGAAACGGCCGGAACUCGAAGACGGGGAUCUGUCAACUCCUCGGCCAACACAGAUUCCCAUUGGACGGGCCAACGAAGCAGACGAUGAGGAGAUCACUGCAAUUCUCUCUGAUCGAUUCUCAAAGCCAUUGAAGAAGCAAAUCUCGGGGUUGAUCCGCAGACAACGCGAUGAGAUGCUCCACCCUGAGCUUGCAUCCGACUAUGCCUUCCCCGUUUUGCCAGGAGUUCUAGUCGGCCGCAAGGACAAACGCAACCCAUCCUUGGAGUUGACCAAACUGCUGAUGCAGGUUCUGAGUUUGUCCAAGACAACAACCCUGGAAUCCCGGUUGCUGCGGCGCGAGCUUCUUGCCCUUUUCGAGGUCCGAGAAUUCAGCAAGGAGGGCCGAUUCGAGAACCCUAGUGGUAGCUUGAAGCUGCCGGAAAUGUCCUGCAACUCGUGCUGCCUUAUUCGGGAUCUCGACCUCUGUCGCGACGAAGAUGUUUUGCCUGAUGCCAGCUCAGACGCCAGCAAAUCUGCCCAGCCCUGGCGAUGCCCUUUCUGUCACGCCGAGUACGACCGAUUGGCAACUGAAGAAUUUCUCAUUGGCCAAGUCCAUGGGUUUGUUGUUGAAUGGCAGACGCAGGAUAUCAAGUGCUCGAAGUGCAAUAAUCCUAAGAUCAGUGAUUUCAUGGAGCACUGUUCUUGCAGUGGUACAUGGACUGCGACAGUUGAUCGGAAGGAGAUCGAGAAGAAACUACAAGUGUUGGAGAGUGUAGCCAAAUUCCACAAGCUACAACUAUUGGAGCACAUUGUCGAGGAAGUGCUGGAACGAUUUUGA